ACGAGAUAUUUUUCUUACUCUGUAGGAAGAUUCUGUUAUCCAGGUCCAAGCCAACGCUUUGAUGUGUAUUGAAAAGAUCAUUGAUAAGCUAGAGAAAACAGAUAUCUUAGAUGAGGUGCUACCGAUGCUUAAUAAAGCCAAACUUCAAGACCCGCUGAUACUAAUGUCGGUAGUAAGAAUAUACAAACACAUGCUUGGAGAUAAGCGAUAUGGUCUUACAGUUAAUCUUCUAGCAACAAAGGUCAUGCCAGCUCUGAUACCAGUGGCUGUUAGUCCAGGACUUAAGUUAGACCAGUUUACAAGACUCGUAGAACUAUUGCAAGAGAUGUUGGAUCAUGUAAGCAAAAGCCAGAAAAAUAAGAUAAAACUAGAGAAACUUACAGCGCCCUCUAUAGAAGAAACUCCAUCGAACCAUCUAGUCGAACAGAACACCGGUUAUCCCCAACGUCCCCCUUCUCUACGACUAGACUCCAGACGAACCUCCAUAAGUCUGGAAGACGUAAUCCAAGAAACGUCUACCAAUUCAA